UGGUAAAUAGAAAGUAUGGCAUCCGUGGUCUGUCGCUUUGCAUUGACGUAGAACACAUGCGUUUUCCAGCAUGGCGACAUCCACAGUGUAAAGCAACGGGCAAGGACCGAAACGGACCGGACUUUUCAAAUGUGGGUUAUUAUUCUCCAUCAAAGUUCGUUGUGAAAUCGAGUCACUGUCAGCAUCAUAUGUCACUUGUCAAGUGUCACUUUGUGAUUUGAAAAAGCAUUGAACACUGAAUGCAACAUGCUGGUGUCAUGAAAACACUGUCUACAUGGUACCAAUUCAGCACACACAGUUUUACUCCACUUCGCACUGAUGUCUGUUGGAUUCCAGUUAGGUGGGUCUCUUUUCACACAAAGACUGGUGCGGAUAUGUGUCACCUGCAUUGGCCAGCAGGGAUACAGGCAGAUCUUUCCCAAAAGUCGACUCCCUACAUGUACACUGUACACAAGGAGCUUUGGGACUGAUCCUAAGGGGGAGAAAGGGGAAAAUGAGAACGGGAGCAAAACAACAGACAACCUUGACCCCUCACCUCCGACUCUAACCCCUAUGCACACCCAGGGAAGAGGUUUGUUUGGUAAAAGGCGACCACUCUCACCCUUGGAGAGGAUUAGCCGCCUUUUGCCUCAGGACUCACUAGCCCCAGAAUUUUUGGCGCUGAGAGAGGAGGAGAACCCGGAAGUGGAACAGGGGGAACCUGAUGGGGUUGGGGUUCAAAAAGACCACAACACUUCAGCAGCCUCGGUGACUGAGACUAAGACCCACAGCUCACAAGGAGAAGUAGAAAGUGCAGCACCACAGGUGCACAUAGGACAUGACACAGUUAGACCGAGAGAAGAAAAAGAGGAGGGUACUGUCAUUGAUGACACAGUACUAGAGCCAAAACUAGAGCCAAAUGGUUGCCUGAUUCUCAGAGAGGUAACACAUUCUUCACAAGAGGAGGGAUACGUGACUCCUAUGACUCCCACCCUUCUUCCCGGGGAGCAUUUACUCACUUUUGGGGAACUGCUGUUGGCGGAGUACCGGAAGAAGGGCCGCGUGGAGUUUAGGAAGAUGUUUCAGCUGCAGGAUGGGCAACGUCUCCAGAGCAGUUGGGGCACCAUCGGACACAGUGACAUCGUCGGCCGCCACGCAGGAGACUUCAUUCGGACCAUCCACGGGACACCCAUCCUUAUACGGCGGCCCAACCUGGAGGAAUACGUGCUUUAUAUGAAGAGGGGGCCGGCAAUCGCCUAUCCAAAGGAUGCCAGUAUGAUGCUGAUGAUGAUGGACGUCACAGAGGGAGACUGUGUGUUGGAGUCAGGCUCCGGGUCAGGGGCCAUGUCGCUUUUCCUGUCCCGAGCUGUGGGCUCCAAGGGCAGUGUUAUGAGUGUGGAAAUCAGGGAGGACCACCACAGACGAGCCGUGCUCAACUACAACCGCUGGUGUUCGUCCUGGAUCCUGCGGCGAGGAGAGGAAUGGCCCGACAACGUCCAGUUUCAUAACUCUGACCUGCAGGGGGCAUCCUUGCUCCUCGCCGGGCGAGGGUUUCACUCUAUUGCUCUGGAUAUGAUAAACCCUCAAUUGGUUUUGCCCACUGUGACUCCACAUCUCCAUCCUGGAGCAGUUUGUGCUGUCUACCUCGCCAAUAUAACGCAGGUCAUUGAUCUACUGGAGGGCCUCCGAUGCUCUGCCCUCCCCCUGCUGUGUGAACGCAUCAUCGAAGUGCAGCUCAGGGAUUGGCUGUUGGCUCCGGCAAUCCAGAAAGAUGGGCGGUUCUGCCGCAGGAAAGCUCCUCCCUCAGCGGGAAACCAGGAGGAAGGGGAGAAUAACAAGUCGGAUGAAGAAAAAGAAUACACAAGCAGUCCGGAACCCGCACCAUAUGGGAGUGUCCCUUACAUUGCUCGACCUCACCCGGAGCAAGCUAGCCACACAGCAUUCCUGGUGAAACUGAGGAAGAGUCAGGGGUAGCUAGCCUCCGAAGACCCAUCAGAAGAGCGAUUGGGUGUAUUAUAUUCAUAAAUGUGAUUUGGUAAUGCAGAGAAAUGUAGUUGCCCUAUAAUCAGUCUAGAAAUUGAAAUUCAUAAUGCUUGACAACACGCCAAAUAUAAAGACUCAAUAAAACACCAAACUAAG